AUGGAGGCACCAGAGACAUUUACAUGUCCUCCUGUUGCAGUGUCCGGAGAUCGGCGAGCAGAUGGGAGGACGUCGUACACUGCACGCGGGAGCUUUAGGAAUGCGAAAGCCCUGCCUCAACCAUCCUCACGACAUCCCGGCGCACUUCGCCAGGGUCCUUUGCGCCCUUCAGCAAAAGGAGUGGCUCCUGGACGUGGGCCAGCUUUGAGAGCACGGGGGACCCCGGGCUUGCAGCAAGGCGUGCCAAUUGCAGCCUUUGUGAACAUUGCAGACCUGAUUCAGCAGACCAUUGCGUACCACAAUGUGCGAGAUGUUUGUUCGUUAAAAGCAUCUUCGCGACAGCUUCGUGAUACAUGCUCUGGGGAUGCAUUUUGGGAGACUUUGUAUCGGCUGCGAUGGCCACUCGAACGGGAGGUGCAGAUGCUACCGGACGCUGGCUGGCGCCAGAGAUUUGUGGAACGGUUGCGGCAUGCACGUGAAACUUUCAUUCGCAGGAGCUUACCUGCUCUUAUGCGGAAAUCCAGGCGCAGGGAUGGACUUCCGGACCUUCGCAAGCUGCACGAGGCGCUACGUAUCCGAUAUAGUAUGUCCAUUCAUGCACGAAAUGCCCCUGCGGCUCAUCUGGAAUUCAGUCAAACAUCAACUCAGCCGUUCGAUUCGGCGGUCUGCUUGAGGUGCAGCUUUGCAUCUUUACAAGUCUUGUGCCCCUUUCGACUCCGUUGUGUUGGGCGUUCCUCUGCCAUCGGACGAGAGGAAGUUCUGCUGACAGCCGAUGUGGAUCUGGAUGCCUGGGGAGAUGCGUUCGUUAACGGCGAGAUCAAAUUUGUUCGGAGUCCUUGUGGAAGGCUUCUCUUGGCUUUCUGGACAAGCAGCAAAACCCUUGCAGGCAUGUAUGUGAACUUGACUUACAAGCACAUAUUUCAGUCACUGUGGCCGGACUGUGAAGCUUGGCGCAGUCUAGCAGGACGUCCUGGUUCCGAUGAUCUAGACUCCUUGUUGGGCCUGCACGGCUAUAGUCUGCUGCUCACCCUUCGAGGGGCAAAGACCGAGUGCUUUGCCAAUACAUUCUACAAGGUUGCAGCAUUCGGGCUCGGUCGCGGCAGAGCCGGCUGUCUCGGCAAUGUUGCUGUGAAGAGCGCACCAUGUGUUGUGCAAACGCAGCAAGAUCUGGCCACUUCUCAGCAAAACUCGCAGGAGAAGAGCCGUCCAAGUGCAUAUUGUCCUGGGCGGCGCCCAGACGCGAAAUUCCAUGCAGAGGUGUGCCACUUUGAAGUUCUUGCUCCUCACGAGUCCGGGCACCAACCGCCGUUUCCAUGCGUCCGGCAGCCAGGCAUUGUGUUCCAGACAGCGGCCUUCAAGUCUGUCUUGUCUGAACAUGUCUUUGUCGAUGCGACCGUCUUUGACGAGCAUGGUCACAUCUUCUGGUCAGUGACUUGCUUGUGCGCCAUGACUUCCGUGUGCCCGUGCGAGUCAUCCAUGCUUGAAGAUCGGCAUGUGCAGGUAGACUUUGAUCGCCAGGUAGACUUUGAUCGCGGAGGCGGGUGCCGUGGCACGAGUCAGGUUCAAUGGAUAUGUGUUGCAGAUCGCGGUGCUGCGCAUCUUGUGCUGCAGUUAGAAGGGGGAGUUGCGCAGCAAGCAGACGAAUACGAAGGACUAGGCAGUAAGCUGCUUCAGCCUCUUCCACGCCUGAAUGCCAUUUCUUGGCAUCCAGAGCGUGGUUUUGUAGACAAUUGGUGGGGAUCGUCCUACGCUGCCACAGAUAGUUCCGCCGUGACGUAG